AUGGCGUCGCGGUCGUCUGUGAACCGCCCGCCAACGCCGGAGCCAGAGGGGCGGGUGGGGGGAGGAGGGGAGCCCACGUCGCUGCGACAAGUGGUGGACGCUAAGGUACGGUCUGUUGGAGAGAGUGGCGAGAAGGAGCGUCUCAAGGCGCGGGCUUUGAGCCGAGAGACAGGCUGGAAGACUCUUGGAGAGAGUCGGGAGAAGGAGCGACUCAAGGCGCUGCUGAGAGACGGGCUGGAGGAGAGUGGUAGGCUGUUGGAGAGUGGGGAGAAGGAGCGAUUAAAAACGUUGUUGAGGGACAGGCUGGAGGAGUGUGGGUGGGCGGAUGACCUUCUGGUCUACGCCAGACCCUUACCCUCUCUCUCCCUCUCUUGUCUCGUGGUCCGGCCAUCCAUCAGAGCAUAUGUGAGCAAGGUUGGGCGUGAAAACGUCUCAUUGGAGGAGCUUAUACGGGCCAUCACACCCAAAGGCCGAGCAUCUGUGCCAGGACCAGUGAAGGCGGAGCUGCUUCAACGCAUUCAGUCCUUCCUCACUACCAAGUGA